CGUCGACAGUUGAGGUCUGAAUUUGGAAACGGUCGGAAAGAUACGGUAUGUUGUGAAAAGUGUAUUAGUGUGCUGCCAUACAUUUACAUGUGUUGCGGCAAAAGAGUGUGAGUAAGAGUACAGGUACGGGCAGAGUUUUUGUUUGGUGGUGAGAAUAACCUAACGUGAACAAGUGUUUGUUACCAAAUGUAAGCUGUCAAGCAAGCAUAGAUGUGUGUGCGUGAGUGAAUGUCUCGCUUGAUAUUACGAAAUUCAGAAAAUAGUAAACUGGAAAAGUUGUUUCUAUUCAUUACUGCUGUUUGAAUGUUGUUAAAUGUGUUUCCCGAUUACUAAACCAAUGAGCCAACUGUCAGUCUUUGGCGAGAGUGUGUCCCAAAAAUGAGUCUGAGAAAAUUUCAUUUCACAACAUGAGAGGAACGGAAACUCUAAACAAUCGCUUUACCUUCACAUCAUAUUUCUGGCAAGAAUUCAAGAUGCCGCUACCAACUCUUAGAAUAUUACACAGUCAUCCUAUCGCAACAAGGACAAGAGAGAAUAAAAGCAUUCCCAUGAGAUUGGAGAAAAGAAUAAAGAAAGUUAAAUAUCGUGACAAAAUGAAAUUGAUUACCGAUGCUAUGUUAUUAGGUUUAAUAAUAGUUUUAGUGAAUAGCGUGGAAUGGGUAGGAGUCAUAGCACAGACGCGUGACCCUAGAUUUUAUUCACGUGUUGGAGUGAAAGAUUACCAAUGGCCUAAUCCAGGUGAUCCGGAUUACAGAACGUAUACAUUUAAUGACCGCCGUUAUGGGCAUUAUCAACCCAAUGGCUAUGGUAGCAAUUACCCUGGAAGAAAUUCUCCUGGCCAGUAUCCACAGGGCAUGCCUAAUGAAGAACGGUUUCGUUUUGAUCCUAACUAUCCAAAAGAGGAUCAAAUACCAUUCCCAGGCAUAUUAGCGGGAUGGCGUGAAGAUCUGCAGGGUAAGCAGAGACGUGAUUCUCUGACUUUGGAGCGUGAUGUUUUUGUUACUACAAAUUAUGGCCAGGUUCAGGGCUUCAAAGUGUACAUGUAUGAUAAUCCAGAUCCAAAAUCAUUUUAUCGUCCCUACCAUUCGACUGUGGACCGCAGUAUGGGAGAAUGCUCCGUAUUCUUAGGCAUUCCGUAUGCCAUGCCACCCACAUUUGAAGGCCGCUUUAAACCACCACGCCUACAUAGAGGUUUUCAGUUACUGCAAGCUGUAGAUUUCGGCCCAGCAUGUCCUCAGCCUGUACGUUAUACAGGAGCUACAAAAGGCAUAAUGGAUAUGGAUGAGGAUUGCUUGUAUUUGAAUAUAUUCUCACCCAAGACUGGCGCUGGAGUGGCUCAAAAAUACCCGGUCAUGGUUCACAUUCAUGGUGGUGAAUUUAUUCGCGGUGCCUCAAAUCUUUUCCAAGGUCACAUUUUGGCUUCAUUCUAUGGGGUUGUGGUGGUAACGUUGAAUUACCGCCUAGGAGCAUUGGGCUUUCUUUCAACGGGCGAUGAAAACUCUCCUGGAAACUAUGGUAUUCUUGAUCAAGCUAUGGCAUUGAAGUGGGUUUACGAUAACAUUGAGUUUUUCAAUGGCGAUCGUGAUUCGAUUACAUUGUUUGGACCCGGUGCAGGGGCAGCCUCAGCAGGUCUGUUAAUGGUAGCUCCGCAAACCCGGCAUAUUGUGCGUAGAGUUAUAGCUCAAUCUGGGUCAGCCUUAGCUGACUGGGCCUUAAUACAAGAUAAGUAUAGAGCUCAAAACACCAGUCGAGUUUUAGGUCAACUUCUGGGUUGUUCCCUGGAGUCUUCAUGGAAAUUGAUAAAUUGUUUAAGAACAGGACGCAGCUUCUACGAACUGGGUAAUGCUGAGUUUCCUCCAGAGGUCGGCACGUUUCCUUGGGGUCCUGUAUUGGAUCACAAUUUCACAGUUCCCGGUGAUGAUUGGUACGAUGGAUGGCGUGAGAAGGAUUGGCGUUUUCUACAUGAAACUCCCUUAAAUUUAGUUCGCCAGGGAAAAUUCAACAAAGAUCUGCAAUAUAUGACCGGCGUCACUACACAAGAAGCUGCCUUCUUCAUAUCCCAAAAUGAAUCAUUGGCCCCUCUUUAUGAAAUCGACAGUAAAUUUUUUGAGCAAAAGAUCCGUGAGCAUGUUUUUCGUUACAACUACACUUUGAAUCCCAAUGGCGUAUACGAAGCCAUUAAAUACAUGUACACCUAUUGGCCGGAUCCCAACAAUAGCUCCUUGAUACGAGAUCAAUAUAUCAAUAUGUUAUCAGAUUUCUACUACCGAGCGCCAGUUGAUCAAAUGGUCAAACUCUUGCUGGAACAAAAAGUUCCGGUAUAUAUGUAUGUAUUGAACACAACAGUUGAGGCUCUUAAGUUACCGCAGUGGCGCAAAUAUCCACAUGACAUAGAACACUACUUCCUAACUGGAGCUCCAUUUAUGGAUGUGGAGUUCUUUCCCAAAAAUGCCCAUUUGGAAAGAAAUAUGUGGACGGACAACGAUCGUAAUAUGAGUCAUUUCUUUUUGCAAACCUUUUCAAAUUUUGCCAGAUAUGGAAAUCCCACACCUCAGCAGGUUUUGGGCAUGCAUUAUGAACGUUCUUAUCAAGGAGAAAUUCGAUACUUAAAUAUCAAUACCACCUAUAAUUCUUCGAUUCUACUAAAUUAUCGCCAAACGGAGAGUGCUUUUUGGACCCAGUAUCUGCCUACAGUUAUUGGAGUUUUUGUACCGACAUAUCCACCUACCACGGAAUAUUGGUGGGAACCUAAGGAGCCCCUACAAAUUGCCUUCUGGAGCAUGUCUGUGGCCUGUCUCUUUCUCAUUGUUCUUGUCGUUAUAUGUUGCAUUAUGUGGAGGAAUGCCAAACGACAAUCCGAUCGUUAUUAUGACGAAGAUAUUUUCAUCAAUCCCGAUGGUACCGAAUACGAUCACGAAUCCCGCACAACAGGUGUUGAUAACACAAAUUUAGCAGCAAAUCAUCAAGUGAUAAGGUCCCGUGAUAAUCUCUACGAAUAUCGGGAUUCUCCAUCUUCAAAAACGUUAGCUAGCAAAGCUCUUACUGACACCACAUCGAUAAGAUCGCCUAGCUCAUUAGCUACAACUCAAAAAACAGGCGGUAGUCAGUCAUCCUUAAAGUCGGCCAUAUCUCUAAAGGAAUCGAACGGAGGUGGAACACUGCCCACAUACUCACGUCCACCACGUAGCGAAACAAUUUCGGCGCCGCAAUCUGCACGUGUUAUAGCAAACGGUGCAGCUGUAGCCUCUUUGAAUCACCCCAAAUCGAUGGAGGAGAAACGUCUAUUGCAACAACGUGAACCCGUUCCAUUGUCAUCAACACCCAUGCCAACAGAUUAUGUAACAAAGCCCUCCACAAAACCGGCCGUCAUAAGCCGCAGUACUACACCAACCCCAAGUGCUCGAACAACAACAACUACAGCAACCCUAAGCUCGGGAGUCAGUGUUCAGCCCUUGAUUGGCUUGUCAAAAUCCCAAUCGCGUACCCAGGUUAUAGAGGGAAUACCGCAAACAUCAGUAUAAGAAACUGCUCUCUAAAUAUUACAAUAGCACAAGCAAUAUCCCCCAUUUAAGAUAUUGCUUAUGUUACUGUUACAUUUAGAGAGUUAUCCUGUAUGUCAAAUAUCGAAAAUAGUUUAUUUAAACAAUUACUUAAUCAUCAAGGCAUUGUUUUAAUCAAACUAAACAUCGAUAAUCAAUAGUAUUAGGAUUUGAUUGGCCAGGCUCAUUGGCUCAAAACGACUUCUUUAUAAGAACUAAAUAUUCAAAAAUUUACGGCAAAAAUUAAAACAAACAAAUAUUUCGAUAAAAUUUAAAAUUUGUAUAAUUAAAUUAAUUUUUUAACGAAUCCAUUCAUUUGUGCCUUAAAUAUAAGAAAAAAAAAUUAAUUUCAGAAUUGAAACGAAAAUUAAUA